CCCUAGACCUUAAACUGCUGCUCAUUGGCAUUAAGGUGAUAUCUGAUGGGACAGGCCUUCCACUUUUUUUGUUUCUUACUCCACUGUUCAGCGGAAUCAGUAUUUUGUUCUUUUGUUCUGUCUUCCGUUUUUUAUCCUUCAGUUUAACCUCUUUUUAUGAGGGAAGAUUAGGGAGGGCACGGGCCAGAGAUUCUAAAUGCUGCGUUUUUUCCUUUUCGUAAAUUGUUCUCAGACGAAACACCCGUGCCCCCCAAAAAAUGCCAUAUUCUGUAAUAUUACUUUAAUAUCUAGCUCAUGUAUCGUGUAUUUAUGUCGGUUGAAAAACGAAUGAAAACAAGUGUCACAAAUUGUCAGAAUGCCGUAAGCGGUUUUACUCGAGACGGUGGGUCCUUUGCACACUACUGGUGUGGCCCAAAGGAAAACACGAGGUGGCGCUCUCUGCUCUUCUGCGAGAGCGACUGCACGUAGACGACGUCCCGCCGGUGCGCACGCCUCAUUCAGAGGACUGGACCCGUGAAGCCUCUCGAGUUGUUUUUUUUUCCUCUCUUCCUUGUCCCCUUGCAGACAAGCGCUCUCUUGCUUUCGUACAAUUGUUCCCAAAUGCAGGCCGCUCAGCAGCUCGUGAAGGUGUUCGUCACUAGGAGAAUACCCCAGGAGGGACUGAAGGUUUUGUCACAGUCGGGGAUAUGUCACGUGCAACUGUGGGACUCGGACGAGCCCGUCCCCCAGGCGGAGCUGCUGAAGGGAGUGUCGGGGGCUCGGGGGCUGCUCUGUCUUCUGUCGGACAAAAUCGACCAGGAGGUGCUGGAUGCUGCAGGGCCGGAUCUGAAGGUCAUCAGCACUCUGUCUGUCGGCUUUGACCACCUUGCCAUUGAAGACAUCAGAAACCGGGGCAUAAGAGUCGGCUACACUCCUGACGUGCUGACAGAUGCCACAGCUGAGCUCACCGUGGCACUCCUGCUGGCCACAGCACGGAGAAUCCCGGAGGCCGUGGCGGAGGUGAAGAAUGGAGGCUGGAGCACCUGGAAGCCGUUGUGGAUGUGUGGUUAUGGCCUCUCUGGGAGCACCGUGGGUGUCAUUGGCCUUGGACGAAUAGGUCUGGCCAUUGCCAAGAGGCUGAAGCCCUUUGGAGUGAAACGUCUGCUAUACUGGGGGCGGACACCCAAGCCAGAGGCCUCCGAGGUGGAAGGAGAGUUUGUGCCUUUGGACGCACUACUGGGAGAGUCCGACUUUGUGGUUGUGUCCUGUGCUUUGACUCCUGAAACGCAACAGCUGUGCAGCAAGGACUUCUUUGGCAAAAUGAAGAAAACCGCAGUGUUUGUCAACUCCAGCAGAGGUGCCGUGGUGAACCAGGAGGACCUGUACGAGGCCCUGUCCAGUGGACAGAUAGCUGCGGCUGGUCUGGACGUCACCACCCCUGAGCCCCUGCCCCCUGACCACCCUCUUCUGAAGCUGAAGAACUGCGUUAUCCUGCCACACAUUGGCAGUGCCACCUACUCUACGAGGGGCAUCAUGUCUGUGCUGGCUGCCAACAACCUCCUGGCAGGACUGAUGGGAGGGAAGAUGCCCAGCGAGCUCGUGCUCUAAGCCUGGGAACGUCGCCAUGCAGCCCGUACCCCUCCAAGAGCCCAGCAUCUGAAGAAACUGGCACGACUGCAAAGCUUUCAUCUCAUGAAAAGUUCAGUGUGACUCCCAGAUUUGCUGUUUGUAAAGCAAUCAUAACAAAGCAGGGAAUUGUGUGGAGAAUACUAAUUGGUGUAAGGCAUUGUAUCUCAGUCUGGUGACCCAAUCACACUAGGCAUCUCUAAAUCAUACACACAGCAUAUGUACUGUAGAAUAUGACUUAUUUUCCCCAAUAUAUCUGAAAAGUGUUAAACACGAAUUUAUACACAAAUUAUUAGAUUUUACUUUAGAGAAUACUACAGAAUAUUUAAUUUCCUUUUUGAUUUUUCAUGUUACCCAGUAUUUAACUGCCCUGGUUUGUUUUCCUUUCCUGCAGCUUGAAAGAUUUCAGUGUGGCCAUGAACUCCAAACACAAAAGCUUCAGUUUCAACACUUCAUUUUGGAUUUUAUUCCUCUCUAUACAGUGGCCUUUCAUUGUCAGACUUGUACUUUCUGGAACAUAUUCUACUUUAGAAGUUAUGUCAAUUCACAGUAAAUAUCAUUUUUUCUCCUUAACUUCCAUUGAACAAAGUUUUUUUUAAUUUAGUCCAGAUACUUUUGCCAAACUUCAGAUGUACAUUUGUGGACAAAUAGGUGUAGCAUAAGUGCAGCUGACGCAGGUUACGUAAAAACCUGUAAUACUGGUACUGUGUGCCAUAGUGGCAUGCUCAAAAUCUGUACAGUGUUUGUAUAAAAUGUACAUCUAAUUGUAACCGCCUUAUAACAAAUUGAUUCUGAAACUCA